CCCAGCUCAAACCCUAAAACUACCAACGCUGUAUAAAAUGAAUAUCCAGUGCUUCAGAAGAGCACUGCUCUUGAUAUUUUCAUUUGCAUUGUUAAGAUUUGGAAAUGGGCAAGACUCGACUGCAAUUGUACCAGGAAUCAUAACGUUUGGUGACUCUGCGGUAGACGUGGGGAACAAUAACUAUCUCCCUACACUUUUCAAGGCUAACUAUCCUCCAUAUGGGAGGGACUUUGCCAAUCAUCAAGCCACUGGGAGGUUUUGCAAUGGCAAACUAGCCACUGAUAUUACAGCUGAAACUCUGGGUUUCACGACAUAUGCUCCAGCAUAUCUUAGCCCACAGGCAUCAGGGAAGAACCUUCUAAUUGGAGCCAACUUUGCUUCUGCUGCCUCGGGGUACGAUGAGAAAGCAGCAAUCCUUAAUCAUGCAAUUCCAUUGUCUCAGCAGCUGGAGUACUUUAAGGAAUACAAGAGUAAGCUAGCAAAGGUUGCUGGUAGUACGAAAGCAGCAUCCAUCAUCAAGGAUUCCGUAUAUAUUUUGAGUGCUGGUAGUGGCGACUUUCUGCAGAAUUACUAUGUUAAUCCUUUUAUCAACAAAAUCUACACUGUCGAUGAGUAUGGCAACUACCUUGUUGGUGCAUUCUCAAGCUUUGUCCAGGACCUGUAUGGGCUUGGAGCGAGGAAACUUGGGGUGACUUCACUCCCUCCAUUGGGUUGCAUUCCUUUAGCAAUCACCUUAUUUGGGUUUCAUGAGAAGGGGUGCGUCACUAGGUUCAACACUGAUGCGCAAGGGUUUAACAAGAAGAUCAGCUCUGCUGCAGCAAAUCUCCAAAAGCAACUUCCUGGUCUUAAGAUUGUUAUCUUUGACAUUUUCAAGCCUCUCUAUGAUGUUGUUCGAUCUCCAUCAAAAUAUGGCUUCGUGGAAGCAAGGAGAGGCUGCUGUGGAACAGGAAUAGUAGAGACAACAUCGUUGUUGUGCAAUCCCAAGUCACCAGGAACUUGUCCCAAUGCAACUCAGUAUGUGUUUUGGGACAGCGUCCACCCAUCUGAGGCUGCUAAUCAAGUUCUUGCUGAUGCAUUGAUUCUCCAAGGCAUCGACCUCAUUACAUGAGGAUAUAUAUAUAUAUAUAUGGUUCUUUUUAUCCCUGCAAAAUGUCUAAAUUAAAGUUACUUUACUCGUUUGUUACCAUGGAAAUGAUGCAAAAGUUGUAAUAGUAAUCAUGUAACUGAGGAAAAUUAUUCUCAGUUGAUUGA